AUGGCGGCAUCCAUGGCAUCCCAGGCUGCUGCAAGAGGACUGAGGACAGCUACCUCAAAGCACGUACUACUCGACAAACUAAAGUGCACCUGGCUGAGCCCCAGGAGAUGGCUGAAUCUACAGGAGUACCAGAGCAAGAAGCUGAUGCAGGAGAGCGGCGUGGCUGUCCAGCGCUUCUUCGUGGCCGACACAGCGUCCGAGGCCCUGGACGCUGCCAAGAGGCUCAAUGCCCGGGAAAUCGUGCUGAAGGCUCAGAUUCUGGCAGGUGGCAGAGGCAAGGGCGUGUUUGACAGUGGCCUUAAAGGUGGAGUGCACUUAACUAAAGACCCUGCAGUGGUUGGCGAGCUGGCUAAUAAGAUGCUCGGUUUCAACCUGACCACCAAGCAAACGCCUAAAGACGGAGUAAAAGUGAAAACAGUGAUGGUGGCUGAGGCCCUGGACAUAACCAGAGAGACUUAUUUUGCCAUCCUAAUGGAUCGCGCCUGUAAUGGCCCUGUCAUGGUGGGGAGCCCCCAGGGUGGUAUGGAUAUUGAGGAAGUGGCUGCCAACACCCCAGAACUCAUCUUUAAGGAAGUCGUCGACAUAUUGGAAGGGGUCACAGAUGACCAGGCACUACGCAUGGCCACCAAUCUGGGCUUCAAAGGACCUCUGCAGCGACAGGCAGCAGAUCAGAUUAAGAGGCUCUAUGAUCUGUUCCUGAAAGUCGACGCCACUCAAGUUGAAGUCAAUCCCCUCGGAGAGACUCCCGAAGGACAAGUGGUUUGCUUUGAUGCAAAGAUCAAUUUUGAUGACAACGCCGAGUUCCGUCAGAAAGCCGUGUUUGCCAUGGAUGACAUGACUGAGAGCGACCCCACAGAGAUGGAGGCAGCCAAGUGGGACCUCAAAUAUAUUGGUCUGGAUGGAAACAUCGCCUGCUUCGUAAACGGAGCCGGUCUGGCCAUGGCCACGUGUGACAUCAUUGAUCUGCAUGGAGGAAAACCCGCUAAUUUCCUGGACCUGGGCGGAGGAGUGAAAGAGCGGCAGGUGUACGAGGCUUUCAAGCUGCUCACGGCUGACCCAAAGGUUGAAGCCAUCCUGGUCAACAUCUUCGGGGGAAUCGUCAACUGUGCCAUCAUUGCCAACGGCAUCACCAAAGCCUGCCGAGAGCUGGAGUUAAAGGUUCCGCUGGUGGUCAGGCUUGAAGGGACCAACGUCCACGAGGCUAAGAGGAUUCUGAGCGAGAGCGGGCUGCCCAUCACAGCGGCCGACAACCUGGACGACGCCGCCAAGAAGGCCGUGGCCGCCAUCCAGAAGUAG